CAUGGACACCUGUUGAAAUGCUGUUCAGUAAUUAAUAUAUAAUGUCGUACAACUGAGAACUACCAAUUAGCACAGGAGUAACACAUGCUGUGCACUUCAGUCUACUCGUUGAACAGUUCUAGACUCCUGAACAGUAAUUAUGUAAACCAACGAUUGGAGGAUAAAGUGUAAAUUUGUUAUCUGUGUUACACCAUGGAGAUGUUUUUCGGUACUUGGAGACUUGUUCCUGGAAAAAAUGACAACUUUGAGGCAUUUAGUGACGCAGUGGGUCUGAGCUCGGCCACUCGAGAAGUGUACCGUGACGCAAUCUUCGUCCUGCAGAUCGCCAGGGACGGACUCGCAUACAGGGUCAGGUCCACCAUAGAGGGGGUGCCGGGGGUGGAGACAUUCAAGUGGGAAGAGCAUUCUCUAUACCCCUCGGUCUACCGAGGCCGAAAUGGAGAGCCCAUGGCAACGACAAUCAAAAUAGAAGAUGGAAAGAUGAAACAGCGGAAGUGGCACUUGGACGAUGACAUAUCUUGGGACUUAGAAGCCAGGCGAGAAGGCGACGUCAUGAUACUGACUCAACGCAAGAAUGCCAUUGAAUGGGUUCAGACAUAUGAGAAGACAGAUGAUAUAAGUCAGAUAGACACAGCACUCCAGUAAGAAUGCGGAGAUUGGGCUACAUAAUCUAUAAACGUUGACGAUUAUGUGAAGCAGUGUAUUAUAUAGGAAUAGCCGUAUUAAACACAUACCAAAACAG